AUGAAGGAAUACAUCCACUGGACACACAUUGUAAGAUCAAUGAGCUCUUCUCUGAACCCUCUCCAAUUUAUCAACAUCCUUUUUGAAUUGUGGACACCAGAACUGGACAAAGUAUUCCAGCAGCGGUUGCACCAGUACCAAAUACGGAGCACUAUGUCCCAGAUAAAAACUGAAGAUGAACUGAUCCUUUUUGAAAAAGAGAUCAAAGAAUUUUGGACGAAAUUCAAAAGCAUUUGUGGUAGUGAACACGUCAAUCAGACUUUGGGACUAAGAGAAUCAUGCAAGGAGUCCAUAAAAGCACUCUCAGAGAAGUGGUCCAAGAAGUUAAAAGAAGGGGAUCUAAUGAUUGACAAAAUUCAGGAAUACAGAAAUGAGAUCCUCCAGCAGAACAUAUGCAUUGAAGAAAAGCAAGAGAACUUAACUGAAAUUAAUUCCAAAAUAAAGCAUGAAGAAGAACAAAAGAGAGACUUUACUGAUCGCAUCCAAGAGCUCAAGGAAGAGUUGACCAGAAAAAAGGAAAUUAUAUCUACUAAAAACAAGGCCACCAAAGAGAGGCUGGAAAGAUUGAGUAAGUCUAAAGAACUGUUUGAAGAGCGGCUUGGGCUAGAAAUACGCAGAAUUUAUGAUGAACAGUUGCAGUUUAUAUUUCGAUGUAUUGAUCACAAAGAUCCUGACAAGCCAUACACGUUUACUCUCUCUAUAAACGAACAGGGAGACUAUGAAGUGACAAGCAGCUCUCCUCCUCUGGAUUGUAUAGCAGAACUCCAGCUAAAAGUGAGAGAAACCAACAACUUUGCUGCAUUUAUUGCCAACAUCAGAAAAGCUUUUACAGCUUUGUCUUAUAAGUAAUCUGCAACUAUAUGUAAAAUUGGCUUCAUACCUCUCUUCCUGUCCCUGUGUGCAUUCCCUGCGCUUCCUUUUGUAUUAACAGAACAGUGGAGUGAAAGGAAAUAUUUAUGUAUGUUUUU